CUAGUCCUUUAUAUCGUCCACUUCUCACGUGGUGGCACGCGUAGAUUCAGCAUGCCAGAUACGACAGCAGAACCGGCAAAGAUGGCCGACGACGGCUUCAAGAUCGUCCAGAGACGGGCCAACCGCAAGCGCAAGAUGGCAGUGGACGAGGAUGCCAAAAAUGGACGGCCCCUUUACCCUCCCGCCAAGCAGGAGAAACUGGAAGGCAAGACUGAGAUCCGGAAGAUACCCAUACCUGCGCACAGGUACAGCCCGCUGAAGGAGAACUGGCUCAAGAUCUUCACGCCCAUCGUAGAGCACCUCCACCUGCAGACACGCUUCAACCUGAAGACCCGCUGCGUUGAAAUUAGGACAUGCAAAGAAACCGAGGAGCCCAGUGCACUUCAGAAGGCUGCCGAUUUUGUGCGGGCAUUCGCCAUGGGCUUCGAAGUCGACGAUGCCCUGGCUCUGGUUCGUCUGGACGAGCUCUUUCUUGAGUCUUUUGACAUAGAAGAUGUGAAGACCCUCAAGGGGGACCACAUGGCUAGGUGCAUCGGCCGUCUGGCAGGAAAGGGUGGCCGGACCAAGUUCACCAUUGAGAACGUCACCAAGACUCGUAUCGUCCUCGCCGACAGAAAAGUACACAUCCUUGGUUCCUACCAGAACAUCCGGGCUGCGCGGACAGCUAUCUGCAAUUUGGUCCUCGGUAAACCACCUUCGAAGGUCUACGGAACAAUGCGGCAACUGGCAAACCGUAUAGGAGAAAGAUUCUAAUUUAUUUAUUUGAAGUUGUGGAACAAACUAGGUACCUAACAGAAGCUAGUCCCAAGAUCUGCUACCACCACACCAGCAGCAAGCGGAAUCGCUCAUCCGCCAUAUUGGCAAAAGAAACAGCAGCUGCUGGGAGAGGAGACUCUUGAGAUUAAAAUGUGUGAAUAGUGUUUCA